CGUCGCACUCUUCUACAAUCUGCACUCAAAAUAAACAAACCGUCAGCAUGUCGCUCUUGUAAUAGUACAACUAAAUGAACCUUUUUUUUUGCCACGUAAAUUUAAAUUUGAUGUUUAAUAUGACGUCGAACGAAAAGUGUCAUGUUUGCUGUGAGUGUGAGAAGAGAUUUAAAACUAAAAAAGCACUUGGCAUACAUUUUCGUGUACACAGUGGUGAAAAACCUUACUUAUGUGAUGUAUGCAACAAAAGUUUUACUCAAGUUAGUGGUUUAAGAGAUCACAUUGUUGUUCAUACCGAAGAAAAACCACAUGCCUGCUCCAUCUGUAGUAAGACUUUCAGCCGUAAAGGGUCAUUACGGAGACAUUACAAAAUUCAUUCUGAAGAAAACAGAUGUACUUGUAGUGUUUGUGGAAAGAGUUACUCAACUAAAUCUUAUCUUAAGGAACACUAUCGCUUCCACACAGAAGAAAGGCCUUAUUCAUGUGAGAUAUGUAGUAAAACAUUCAGAAACAAUACUCUUUUUCAGUAUCAUUCUAAAACUCAUUUUGAAAUUAAACCUUUUUCAUGCGAUGUAUGCAAUAAAGGUUUUACUACUAAACCUCAUUUGAAAAGGCAUUACGCUGUGCAUGAUAAGAUUUCUUACACUUGUAGUGUGUGUAAUAAAAGUUUUAUAAACAAAAGCAGCUUAUAUAAGCAUUUAAAUACUCAUUUGAGUAAUGUAGUUCAAGAUCAUUAAUUACGAACGAAAAUAAUUUCUUUAAUAAAUUACUAAUAUAGCUAGAA